UCAAGUGUUACAAUUCCCACACUUUAUAGCCUCCAUAUAAAGUCAUGUGAGUAUAACUGAGCUCAUUCUUUGCUGAAAUGUACAAGAGAGUGUUGCUGUUCGGCCUGCUUUUCCUGCUCACUUCAGGAGCUCAUGGGUCAACUGGCUCAUAUCGAAAACCUGUGUGUGCCGACAUGGCAGAGAUCAAUGCAUGUCCACUGAACCUUGCACCUGUGUGUGGCGAUGACGGAAAUACGUACGCCAACGAGUGCAUGCUGUGUGUGGAGAGACUGAAAACCAAAUCAGAAAUAUUAAUCAUGAGAACUGGGAACUGCUGAUCUCUUCUGAAGAGAAAAUGACAAGGAUCAGAUUAAAGCAUUUGAAAAGAAA